GCCGUAACAUAUCACAGCACACCAGGUCUUGCCGGCUUCUAUGACGGUGGAUGUUCUCUUACUCAAUUUCUCUUAUAAAAAUAGCAAGUCUUUGAUAUAACAGUGUUAGUCUUUUGCGGCAUCUCGUUUGAAGGAGAUAUCGCAAAUAGGCGUCGAAAUCAUCGCGUGGAUAUGACAUAGAGCUAUUUUAUCACUCCAAGAUUUAUUAUAGCCAAGAAGUAUGGAUCAAACCCUGAAUAACAACGUCAGUCGGCCUUUGGUAGAGAAUCGUUCUCCGGGUGUUCAGAACGGCGGUGAGUCAACUCUACCAAAUCCACCAUUUGUUCGGCCACCUCUUACCAGAAACGACUCUCGUUCUGCGUUUCCUUCGCCAUCGCCCCGUCCGGCUGCACCUCAGUUACAACAGAGACCCCAGUUUCAACCAGGAGGACCAGUCACAAACUCGCCACAAUUGGGUCCUCGUCCUGGAACCCCUGUACCUAGAGGACCUAUUUCUGGUACACCUGGACCGCAACCAAUUCGUCCUCAGGCACCCUAUUUGCGGCCAGGAGGUCCACAAUCAAUAAAUCCACAACAAGGACCGAGGCCACAACAAGGACCUACGCAACCCUCACAAAGACCGCCUGUACCUAAUAAUUUGCAAUUCGGUCCCCGCCAACCUCCUCAAUUUGGAAGUGCAUCUACUCCUGAAGGCGCAAGGCCAAAUAUCAAUUCACAAUUAAACGGAUCAUCAAAACAAAACCCAGCUCAGAAUACAGGUCAACUUUCAAGACAACCAUCACAAGGUUCUUUAAAUAAUACUGAUUCUUCUCAGUCGUAUCAAAGCAAACCAGUCAACCUGGAUAAUCAAAAUAAUUCCAAUGAAAAUCAAAAUAUUAAUAAACCCGAAAGUAACAAUGAAAUAUCAGGGGCAGGAAAAGCACGAAGUUAUAGCAUUGCUGCGGCACCAGGUGCACCAAGCCCACUCGAAAUGGAUGAUGAUAGGCGCAAAUCAGUUAGUGCCGUCAGUGGCAGAAUUGAUGAAAUAGGUGCAAGGAACCUAGGUCUUGGGCAGAUUCAAGAAAUACGUGGAAGUAAGGAUAACGUUUUGGGUUCAAGAGAAAGUGUAAGAUCAGAAGCAUCCAACGAAGGUACGAAAGAUAUAACAGACCGACCAGAAUCGCGUUUGGCAGCAUCUAAGAUGACAGAGUCAUUUAUGGGAUCACUUUCUAAUUUGUCGAACAAAAAGAAAACAGAUGAUGAUGACGACGUGGUUUUACAAAACAACUUAGGUGUGGGCAAAAUGGAAUCCAUACAGAAUAAGACAAAUUUAUCAGAUCGUUCACCUUCACUGACACGUAGCGACGACUCUCCAGAGCCGAAAAAUAUUUCACAGAAUUCUGUUCUAUCUAACAAAUCCCAAAGUGUAACACCUGAACCACAAAGACCAAAGACACCAAAAAUUGAAAUAAAGCAAGAUACAAAUAUGGAGACUAAAAAAAGUGCUAGCCCUGCAACACCGAAUAGGCCAGUUUCGAAAUCUCCGUUAUUGGAAUCAAAGUCACCUUUACCCGAUUCUAAAUCGCCAACACAAUUAAAGAAAAAACCCGGAGAGCUUAAUACAGCUGGACAAGCACCAGUGGAUUCAAAAAGGUCUACUCCUCGGAAAAUUGUUUCUGCACCUAAAUCAAGACCGAAAGAUGGUGAUAAUGACAGCGGAGUAGACGAAUCUACUCAAGGGAAUGACCUCAAUGGAUCUCCUGGCUCACCCAACAAAACAUUGCCCAGUAAAUUACCUACCAAAGAGAAGUCAAGCAGCAGUCUAAAACCAAGUCUUUCAAGAUCUUCGAGCAAGAGUGCCACUGCAAAAACGCCCGAAAAUCCCCCACCAUCGGAAAAGAAAAAAGUUCCAAUGAAUAAGAUUCAAGUUGGCAAUGCACCAUCACCUAACAUCAAGACAGUUAAAUCAAAGAUUGGAUCUUUGGAAAAUACAACAUACAAACCAGGGGGUGGAAAAGUAAAAAUUGAAAACCGAAAACUUGAUUUCAACAACGUAACUCCUAAGAUUGCUGCCAAAAAUGAUGCUUACACUCCGAGUGGCGGAUCUAAGAAGAUUACUACGACGAAAUUGGAGUGGAACGCCAAAUCCAAAAUAGGAUCUCUACAGAAUACGUCAUAUAAACCAGGCGGAGGUGAUAAGAAGAUCGAGACGGUAAAGUUAGAUUUCAAGGAAAAAGCGAAACCCAAGGUGGCUUCAACGGUGAAUAUUACACACAAACCAGGCGGUGGUGCUGUUAAGAUUGAAAACCAAAAGUUGGAAUUCAAAGCACAAAGCAAAGUGGGCUCACUCGACAACGUCAAACACAAACCAGGAGGUGGUGACAUCAAAAUAUUCGAUGAUAAAGAUUACAUAAAGCAGAUCGGUGGCCAGUCCCCCCUCCCCAACAGCCACGGCCAGUCCCGGCAGGAGAGCGACUUUUACAUGGAAGAGUGGGAGGAGGAUCGCCCACUAUCCCGCAGUCGUUCCGCUCGGUUCUCCCGCACGCCACGUACUCCACGCGCCCUUUCGCCGCGCAAGCCACCAGACGACAGAUUCCUUCGAAGCAGCGUGAGGAAUAAGUCCAGACCAGUCAGUGCCAGAGACCCGCCUCCUAUGACUUGUUCUAGACGCUCGUCCAUCACACACCGGCCAGCUUUUACAAUAUAUUAACACCCACAUAAAAAUUUUAUAGUGGGAUUUUUUUGGAAAAUAUGACUCGGUGUAACGUUUUCAUUUUGCAUAAAACAAUUGAACACUCUUGAAAUUCUCUUACGAAUUCUCAAUUUUUUUAUUAGGUAUUAAAGACUUCACCUAUUUCACAUGUAGGGAGUACCUGAGCAACAUUUUACGCAACACACUAGUACUGCUCGUAGUACUUGUAGUUUAUUAAUAGGGAAUUCUUUUGGUGUGGGUUUUAUAAAUCGGUAAGUCACUGGGUAUGUCGUAAUUUUAGAUUAGCUUAGUUCAAUGCCCAAAAAUAAAUAUAAAAGAUGGGAUCUUAUAAUACCGUACCGAACAACUACAUAAAGUAUUUUCAAAAUUAUUUAGUGAACUUGGUUUUUCUUUUCAAACAAUUCAGGUACCGAUAAACUUAUAUUAAAUGCAAUAUUUUUCCAAACACGCGUCUGCUUCGCGUUUACGUUUUGAGAAGUUGUUUAUUCAGAGUCAAGGUUUUUGUGAUUGCCAAUUUGAGCGUCUUAUUGCAAAUAUUUUAUCUUCAAAAACUUUUUGUUUACAAUGUGUUUACAUAGAACAAUCAAAAAUAUCUAAUUCAUUUGUCAUACCGUACAACAACAAAAAUAUAAUAUACAGUACUAUACUACUUCUUAACAAGUAUAAUGAUAUAAACACACAUAUCAUAUUUUAGCUGAACAUAACAAACGCUGCACAGUAGUGACUUGUACGAUGUAAGUAAACGAAUUGGUUUCUGUAGCUGUUUACCUUAAUAAAAUAUAAUGUG